AUGUUGUUCCGCAAAGCCCUCCUGAGUCUCCCCUGGAUGAUGAGCCUCGCGUCCGCAGAAUGUUGGUCGCAUGGCGCCGAAGCCAACCAAGAACUCGGCAAAGAGAAUGUAAAGAACGUCGCUACAAUCUUCCAAGGCUACUUCGCCGACCAGCAAAUGCGUUAUGCCUGCUGGUCCGACUUUGAUUCCGGAAAUUCGUAUAUUUACACGAUUCAGAGAAUGCCGGGCAAUGGUGGCGCCUGGCUCGACAUAGUCGUGAUCAACGACUGGCUGUACAAGGAAGCUUCGGCUUGCCGUUAUGGAGGGCAUACCAUGUAUGACGAUGAAUCGUGGGAUGUAAAUGUGAACGCGGUCCCUGGAACCUGUAUCGAUGCGGUCUACAUCAACGGUCAUAAGGCUAUCUUCUUUCUGGUCAUCCUGCCUAUUUCCAAGCGUCCAGGUCGACAAGCAAAGAAGCAGUUGUCAAAGGACAAGAAUCAACCAAGACAACCCCGCGAGGUUACUCAACUCUGGCGCAAUGCCUUAUUGAUGAACCAAGCAAAUGCCCUCUGUACGAGAUAUGAGAAGCGUGGAUUGCUGGACGAUGUUGAUGAGGCAAUCGAGAAAGCUGAGGAGGCGCUAGCGGCUGGCCAUGAGAGUACUGCGAUACUACAAAAUGACUUGUCCACGAUGUAUCUCUCCAGAUACGAGCGGGAAGUCUCCGACCUCUCAGACUACAUCCCCCAGUUCGUACAAGAGGUGCUGUGCAUACCGCAGGGUCUCAGGUACGGCAAUCGAGAGCUGAAAGAGACGACGAGUCUCCCGCUGAGGAUUCUGAUGCAGAUGCUAGGACCAGCGACGAAUUCGCUUGCGCUUUCUAUCGUGUGCCAUCUGCAUCCUGAGGAGCGCGGGACGGAGAUGGAAGAGAAGCUGCUGCGCUGGGGUGUUGUAGUGUAUCCUGGUGGAAUGGAUGGAACAGCGCCGGUCGAUGCUCGUUGA